GAGGGUGGCUGUCCCAAAUCCAUCGGUGGAGUGCUCUGGACUACCUGACCCAGUGAAAGGGAAAGAAUGCACUUUCUCCUGUGCCUCUGGUGAGUACCUGGAGAUGAAGAACCAAGUGUGCAGCAAAUGUGCAGAGGGGACCUACUCACUGGGCAGCGGGAUCAAGUUUGAUGAGUGGGAUGAGCUGCCGGCAGGAUUCUCCAACGUGGCGACUUUCAUGGACACGGCGGUUGGCUCAACUGAGAAUAGAGCUGACAGCUGCAACAACUCUUCGUGGACGCCUCGAGGGAACUACAUAGAGUCGAACAGGGAUGAUUGUACAGUUUCUCUCAUCUAUGCUGUGCACCUGAAGAAAUCUGGUUCUGUCUUCUUUGAAUACCAGUAUAUUGACAACAACAUCUUCUUUGAAUUUUUUAUACAAAAUGACCAGUGCAAAGAGAUGGAGUCCACAGCAGACAAAUGGGUGAAGCUAACAGACAAUGGGGAAUGGGGCUCUCAUUCUGUGACUCUGAAAUCAGGUAGCAAUAUAUUAUACUGGAGAACAACAGGCAUUCUCAUGGGGUCCAAAGUAGUAAAACCAGUUCUAGUGAAAAACAUCACAAUUGAAGGUGUGGCCUACACAUCUGAAUGCUUCGCAUGCAAGCCUGGCACCUUCAGUGACAAACCAGGUUCAUCUGGCUGCCAGGUGUGUCCAAGAAAUACUUAUUCUGAGAAAGGAGCUAAAGAGUGCACCAAGUGUAAAGAAGAAAUGUAUUAUGCAGAUGAAGGAUCCAGUGCGUGUAUAGAGCGUCCUCCAUGCACAAGCAAAGACUUUUUCCAGAUCCAUACCCCAUGUGAUAAAGAAGGAAAAACUCAGAUCAUGUACAAAUGGAUUGAACCCAAGAUCUGCAGAGAGGAUCUCCCUGAUGCAUUGACCCUACCUUCUUCUGGAGAGAGGAAAGACUGUCCACCUUGCAAUCCUGGCUUUUACAACAAUGCCUCAUCUUCCUGUACUCCUUGCCCACCAGGCACAUUUUCAGAUGGGACACAUGAGUGCAAAGCCUGCCCAGCAGGGACUGAACCAGCUCUUGGAUUUGAGUACAAGUGGUGGAACAUUCUGCCAGGCAACAUGAGGACGUCUUGCUUUAAUGUCGGCAACUCAAAGUGUGAUGGGAUGAAUGGCUGGGAGGUGGCUGGUGAUCACAUCCAGAGUGGGACAGGAGGCUCUGAUAAUGACUAUCUCAUCUUGAACCUGCACAUCCCGGGAUUUAAACCUCCAACAUCGGUGACAGGAGCAACUGGGUCAGAACUAGGACGGAUUACUUUUAUUUUUGAGACCAUCUGUUCAGCAGAUUGUGUGCUGUACUUUAUGGCAGAAGUUAAUCGAAAAAAUACCAAUGUAGUGGAAUCCUGGGAAAGAAGUAAAGAGAAACAAUCCUACACUCACAUCAUCUCCAAAAAUGCUUCCUUCACCUUCACCUGGGCCUUUCAGAGAAUAAACGAGGGCCAAGAUAGCAGACAGUUCAUCCAUGACAUGGCAAAGAUCUACUCCAUCACGGUGACCAACGCAGUGGAUGGAGUUGCCUCUUCUUGCCGGGCCUGUGCACUGGGCUCUGAGCAGUCUGGCUCAUCCUGCGUGCCCUGCCCAGCGGGACACUACAUUGAGAAGGAGACCAGCCAGUGCAAGGAGUGUCCAGCUGACACCUUCCUGUCCAUACAUCAGGUCUACGGCAGGGAGGCUUGCAUCCCGUGUGGGCCUGGCAGCAAGAGCACCAAGGACCACUCUGCCUGCUUCAGUGACUGCCUGGUAUCAUACGUCAAGGAUAACCAGAGCCUGAAUUAUGAUUUUAGCAACCUCAGCCAGGUGGGCUCGUUGACAAGUGGACCCAGCUUCACGUCCCGAGGAACCAAGUUCUUCCACUUCUUUAACAUCAGCCUCUGUGGGAAUGAGGGAAAGAAGAUGGCUAUUUGCACUGAUAAUAUCACAGAUGUUACUCUGAAGGACAUGGUUGCAGAAUCAGAAGAUUUUUCCAAUUUUGUGGGAGCUUUUGUCUGUCAGUCCACCAUCAUCCCAUCGGACAGCAAGGGCUUCCGAACAGCCCUGGCUCUGCAAUCCAACAGCCUUGCUGACAGAUUCUUAGGAGCUACUGUUGAAACAAUGCUGGAAAAUAUAAGCAUCAAGACAGACAUGUUUCCUCCCUCUCCAAGCAAAAUUCCUGAUGUGCAUUUCUUUUACAAAUCUUCAACAGUGACAACCUCCUGUGAAAAUGGCCGUGCAACUGUUGUGACCAUGAGAUGCAACCCCAACAAACCAGACCAAGGAGAGCUUUCUGUGCCCAGCUUAUGCCCUGCAGGCACCUGCGAUGGAUGCACUUUCUACUUUGUAUGGGAAAGUGCAGAAGCUUGCCCUCUCUGCACAGAGCAAGACUACCAUGAGAUUGAGGGAGCCUGCAAAAAAGGAUUUCAGGAAACCUUGUAUGUAUGGAAUGAGCCAAAGCAUUGCAUUAAAGGAGUUCCCUUGCCAGAGAAAAAGACCAACACUUGUGAAACAGUGGAUUUUUGGCUAAAAGUUGGAGCUGGUGUCGGUGCUUUCACAGCUGUUCUGCUCAUAGCCUUGACCUGCUAUUUUUGGAAGAAGAACCAGAAGCUGGAGUAUAAAUAUUCCAAAUUAGUGAUGACAGCUAACUCAAAAGAGUGUGAGCUGCCAGCUGCUGACAGCUGUGCUAUAAUGGAAGGAGAAGAUAAUGAAGAAGAAAUAGUAUAUUCAAAUAAGCAGUCGCUGCUGGGGAAGCUCAAGUCUUUGGCAACAAAGGAGAAAGAAGAUAAUUUUGAAUCUGUUCAGCUGAAGUCUUCAAGGUCCCAGAAUAUAUGA